GAUGCAGUGGCAGCUUCCCCGCCCGGCAGGUUGGCCUGUGGCGCUGGUCCGCAUCGGCCGCUCUCUCGCUCUUGGCUUGCAGGAGAUACUGAACCUGGAGCUCGUCUCCCGCAGUCCGGGUUUGGGGGGAAGGAAGGUGGCUCUCUGCUUAGACCCGGGGAGCUAGCCUGGAGGAGAAGGGAGCGGAAGAGGGACUUCGCAUCAGUCAUUCCCGGUUGAUGUCCUGCCGUUUCUUUGUUUCAGCAGUUUUAGGACUGGCUUUUUCCCCUCUCUGCAUCUUCUACUGAAACCGUCAUGAUGGAUUUUACCUAGAUGGCUUUAAAUCCAGUUAUAAUUGCUGAUAUUCAAGAGUUUCCUGAUUUGCUGCUGAGGUUUUUUCUUUGAUUAUUAAGUGUCUAAACACUCCUGAUUCCAAGACUGUCUCUUCCCUUCAGUUAUGAUUUUUCCAAGAACUGUCCGACUCACCUGUUCGCCUUGGCACCUUCAGCAUUUCAGCCCAGUUUUUCGAAAAUGACUGCUAAGUUUGCAUCUAAAUGGAAUCAUACGCGCUCAGACAUGCCUGUGAAUGUGGAGGAAUCUAGGCAGAGUUCCUGCUGGGGACUGUGCAGAAGGAUGGCAGCUGCAGAACCUUUGACUGCUUUCUCCCGUUGGUACCUUUAUGCUAUUCAUGGCUACUUCUGCGAGGUGAUGUUCACAGCAGCUUGGGAGUUUGUGGUCAAUUUCAACUGGAAGUUCCCAGGUGUCACCAGUGUGUGGGCACUCUUCAUCUAUGGAACUUCCAUCCUCAUUGUAGAAAAGAUGUACCUCUACCUGAAGGACAAGUGUAACAUACUAGUGCGCUGCCUGAUUUACACCCUGUGGACGUAUGUUUGGGAGUUCACCACUGGCUUCAUUCUGCGCCAGUUCAAUGCCUGCCCUUGGGACUAUUCACAGUUUGACUUGAACUUCAUGGGCCUCAUAACCCUGGAGUAUGCCAUUCCUUGGUUCUGUGCAGCAUUUAUCAUGGAACAGUUAGUCAUCAGGAACACCCUGCGUUUGCGUUUUGAUGAGAAUGCUGAACCAGGGGUUCCAACUGCUGUUGUAACCUUGGCCAAUGGCCAUGUGAAAACUAAUUGAAUAGUAACUCAGAGCUACACUUUGACUAAGUGAACUCUCCUGCCCCCUUCAUUGGAGACUUGUGAUGACGGCCUCAAAAACAAAACUCCUGCUUCCUGUAUGAUAAACAAACCUCCUGUAUUUGGAGGUAUGCAUGAAAAAAUGGAAUCAGUAGGUUUUCUAUGGAUUUUUCCUCUUUUUGUUUUUUUAAGCGACAAGUAGCACUGUCAGCUACCUGUUGGCAAGAUAGUUUGACUUGUAACUUACUAUGAAAACAAUAAUAUUACAUAUGGGGGGAAAAGAGUAAUGCUCAUCAACCUUGUACAAAUAACAAGUUAGUAGAUUGGCACAGAUGCCCAAUUUAACUUAGUGAUUGGCUUAUAUUUCACUACGCAAUAUUCAGGUGCUUGCUUGCAACCAAUACCUCCCAUGGGACCUGAGAUGCUUCAGGGUCAAGGAAAAAUCAAUAGUUGCUAAGACAGCCCAGCUGUGGCAGUCAACUGGGGAGGUAGAAUUCACUCUCUUGUGAGCUCCUCCUAAGGCUUUUUUAAAAAAUUGCACCACAGUGUAUGGUAUUAUGGUGCUGGACAUCUUCCUGGAUUUAUAUAAAAAUUUUUGAACCAUCCAUUCUGAUGCUCACUAGAGAGCUUCUCCCACUCUAUUUUUUUAAAAAUAAAAGUCUGUUCUACUGGAUGAAUUAUAUUAUUACUGUACAAGUUGCAUUUUUGGCCAAGUAGGAAAAAAACGGCAGAGAAAUGGCUGAAGUCUUCCCUGGCUGCUAUUCUUGCUACUUUUGUACAACUCAACAGAAGGGCUGCUUCAGGUCUAAUUCUUGCAACCACUUCCCAUGCUAAUUGUUCACAUUUUCAGGAUCCUCUCUGCCUUCCUCCCCAGGGAAUUAUCUAUCACUAGUGAUACCAAUGGCAAUAAUUGUGAACCAUUGGCCCUGGUAUUAAAGUCUCCAUGUGAUUCUGGAAUUAAUCAGGAAUUGGAAUUAUUCAGGACAGACUGUGUAGUGCAGAGUUCUGUUUGUAGAGAUCUUCUGGAAGCUCUUCCACAUGUUCUCAAUGUACUUAAUAGUAUUAGUGGUGCAGCAGUCUCUCUUCAUAAAACUAUUUAUGAGUAGCUGGCGGUGGUAUCCCACUUUCUCACAGUAGAGAGUACUGGUAUUUUCCAGAAUCUUCCAGAUGGGUUGUAACUAGUAUAGCUAGGGCUAGGGUAUUCAAGAGCAGCCUUCCUCAAAGCUGAGUCCCCAGAUGUUAAACCGCAAUCUCCAUCAUCUCCAGCCUACAUGGCCAAUGGUCAGGGAUGAUGGGGUUAUAGUGCAUCUAAAGUUGGUGAAUGCUGCUUUCAGAGCUGGAGAAAGUAUGUAUGCCUUUCCAAUGCCAAUGAGGCAUUGCAAGAAGUUGUAGUUAUGAGAAAGAUGAAUGGUAUCUGGCAGCCAUCAAAGGGUGUGUGUGUGUGUGUGUGUUUGUUCUGGGAAUGAAAAACUUUUUUUUUGGCUGCUUAAAGUUAGAAAGCAUCCAAUAGCCUUAAGAGGAGGAUAUGCUGCCACCAGAUCUCCUGGACAAAAAUAAAUAAAUAAAAAUCCAGGUAUCAUUUGCACUGAAUGGAACUGAAUUGCACUAGCAAUGUGUUGGGCUUGUGAUGUGAAUUUCUUUAUGUGGUUGCAGAGUCUCUUCUCUGUUUCGUUUAAGAUGAGGCAUGCAUUCAUGUUUGGUCAACCAUUGACUGUUUUAUCCACCUGGCAGUCAGUUCACACAGCUGUAUGUUUCAUUCUAAGAGGAAAAAACAAAACAAAGGUAUCCUGCCACCCAAACUGGUUCCACAUUGUCUUAUGAAUAAGUGUAGCAUUAACUUAUCUUGUAUUUUCAGAGUGUAGUUAUUUUAUUCCACCUCAUUUUCCUUCAGAUGUGAAUCUAUUACUGGCAAUGGAUGGGCAGAAGUCCUGAGAGCAGAGGCUUAAUCAGGUCUCCUGUGUUUUAGACAGCGUCUCCUGAAAUACUCAGCAAACAUACAGAGAUAUUUUUCAUUCAUCCAUUUUUGUGGUUUUGUUUUGUUUUAAAUUCCUCAGUGGUGGCUGGUGGUUCUAUGUCAGUGGGGCAGUGGAAUCCACUCUGGGUUUUAGUCCGAAUUUUCAAGGAGUUGUCCAAGGUGCCUCAGACAGCUUCUUAAAAGUUUGGACUAAAACAUUCAGCAGUCAAUGAAAUUACUACUGAAUUAAAUUCUGUUUCUUGUAUGGGGUGGUGCCCUGUAAUAAUGCUCUGCCACAACUGUCAGCUGAGUGGAAAAUAAAAUGAAGGGGCAAUUCAUUGGUUAUGGAAUCACAAUCUAAAGCCUUUCUUACAGUACAGUCCUAUACAUGUCUCAGAAGUAAGUCCAACUGAGUUCAAUGGGGCUUAUUCCCAGGGAAUUGGGUAUACGAUUGCAGCCUUAAUCCAUAAUGUGACUUGCUGUGAAAAUACCAUUCUUCUUGACAUCCUGCUUUUCUAAACUACUGUCCUGAACCACAAAUGAGUAAGACCAGAUUGGAAAUACAGUGGAUGUUGCUUUCCAUGAAAUUUUCCUCCAAGUAUUUUGUGAUUGAGGUAAUAGUGCAAAUGGGAGAUGGGCUAUAUUUGCACUUUCUGAUAACCAGGGGCGUCACUACCGGGGUGCGGAGGGUGCGGACCACACCCGGGUGACACCUUGAGGGGGGUGACAACCAGAGCCGCCCCACCCUGCGCCGUUGCCCAGCAAAGGAGCCGAGAAGCGCUCCGGGUCGGCGCAGCCAACUCCUCCUUGGAGGCGGGCGGGUGAGAUGGAAAGCAGGCG